AUGGCGAUAUUUGGCUUCAAAAACCGGAAGCGAAAUGACCCUCGACGCCAGCGAUCACUUGUACCUGUGACUAAUCCCUCAGGGCCAUCACCAUCGCAUAAUCUCUCCCUAUACCAUUCUGCAGAUGGAAAUUGCCACCGCGGCGACAGUUUUAAAAAUUCCUACGAAUGGAACGAUCUGCGUCAGAGUCCUGUACAAGUGACGCAAGGUCCACGCUUAGAGACAGCAUCACCAUCUAGACAGAAACACCUUCCAAACACCACAAUCUCGCCUGUUGACAGACGACCACAUGGACCAAACUUAAGGAGCAGGGAUGGUACAGCGUCGAAAAGAGGGUUCCAGGGACUGAACACAGGGCUGGUGCUACCACAGCAGGUUCGUGGACGCACUAGGAAAAGAACGCCCGUUGGGGUUGGGAGAAGGAAGAGCGUGAUACAGCGUACGCGAGCAGAUCUUUAUCACGCUGAUCUUCUGGAUGAUGCACACCCAGAAAGACAAGAUCCGCAGUCAGAUACAAGCCUAAACCUACGCCACUUCCACCUUCCUUUCCGUCCUCACGACACAAAGUCAGCCCCUUCUUGGACCUUCGAUGCAUCACAGGCCUCUGGACCAACUGCGCACAGCACAUCGUACACAUACCAAGCGCGCAAUGUCGAAAGUCGCGGAUUUGCAAAAACUCCACAAAACGUGUCUGCUUUCUACCCUGCAGAAUUGAGGACGAAGAAAGCGCCAGGCAACACUUUGCAGGCGACGCCGAGGGUUGGUCGAAGGAGAAGUGUCAUGGAGCAUAUCAUGGCAGAUCCCUACCACGCUAUCAUGUUUGAGGAUGGGGGUUUUGAUGAUCAGAUUGGGGGGAGCGGCUCAGAGGAGAUGGAAGGAAUAGCUAGUAGUCAUGAAAGGUUGGCAUUAGGAGCGAGAAGCUGA